ACGGCCAUUGGUUUAUAUUGUUCAAGUCAUCCCUCCGUCAACGCUUCCAUCUUAGUCAUGUUUCUAUUGUUCAAGUCAUCUCUCCGUCACUUGUAAUUUUAUAUUAACUCUAUGAAAUCAUCAUGUAUUAACCCUGUGAAAACAUCAUGUUACAGACUUUAACAUUUCUGUUCUUAACAUCAACUUCAUUAGUUCAAUCCAUCUGCCACAAAGGUUGUGAUUUAGCUCUCGCUUCAUACUACACUGUACCAGCAGGAAAUGAUAUCAACUCAAUCUCCAAAUUCAUAAACACCAGCCCCACCAACAUUCUCAAGUAUAACCCGAACACCACUUUUCGUCCUUUUACGAGGAUCAACCUGCCGUUUCGUUGUGAUUGUAUUGCCCAUGAGUUCUUAGGACAUGUGUUCAACUAUGUUUUAACAUCUGUGGACAUAUAUGAAACCAUUGCACAAGAGAGGUAUGCUAAUCUGACAACUGCAGACUGGAUUCAGAGGUUUAAUUAUUAUGAUCCCAAUCGUGUACCUGAUGGUAGUAAUGUUAAUGUGACGGUGAAUUGUUCGUGUGGGGACGGUUCCGUUUCAAGGGAAUAUGGUUUGUUUUUGACGUAUCCUCUUCGUCCUGGGGAGACUUUGCAUUCGGUAUCAUGGGCUGCUAAUCUUAGUUCUGAGUUAAUUCGGAGUUACAACCCAGAUGCCAAUUUCAGCCAAGGAAGCGGUUUGGUUUAUAUCCCGUGGCGAGAUGAAAAUGGAAAUUAUCCUCCCUUUAAAAACAGCCCAGAAUCCAAACUAUCAGGUGGGGCCAUAGGUGGAAUUGCUAUAGGAGUGGUAGCUGUGGUGUUGUUUCUUGCAGUAUGCUUAUACAAAGGAUUUUGUAGAAAGAAAAAUGUUGAAACAAGUGCUUCAGUGUUGUUACAGAAUGAUGCACAAGUUCAACUUACGCAUGUUCAAGGUAUAACACCAGCCAAAUCAGUGGAGUUUUCAUAUGAAGAGCUAUCAACAGCUACAUUUAAUUUCAGACUUGCUAAUAAGAUUGGUGAAGGCGGUUUUGGUGCUGUUUACUACGCAGAGCUCAGAGGCCAGAAAGCGGCUAUCAAGAAGAUGGAUAUGCAAGCAUCACGACAAUUUCUAGCCGAACUAAAGGUUUUAACUCAAACACAUCACCUGAACCUGGUGCGUUUAAUAGGAUAUUGUGUCGAGGAUUCUCUUUUCUUGGUCUAUGAGUAUAUUGAAAAUGGAAACUUAAGUCAACAUUUACAUGAAUCAGUUCCAGAAAGGGAGCCGCUACCAUGGUUUAUCAGAGUCCAAAUCGCUCUUGACUCCGCAAGGGGUAUUGAGUAUAUUCAUGAACAUACCAUUCCCGUAGGACAUGUACAUUGUGAUAUUAAAUCUGCAAAUAUACUGAUCGACAAGUAUUUCCAAGGGAAGGUUGCGGAUUUUGGUCUAACAAGGCUGACUAAACUUGGAAGUAAAUCACAUGUUGCGGGAACAUUCGGAUAUAUGCCACCAGAGUAUGUACAAUAUGGGGAUGUUUCUCCAAAGGUAGAUGUGUUUGCAUUUGGGGUUGUACUUUAUGAACUUAUCUCAGCUAAGCCAGCCAUAAUCAGAGCAAAUAACCCUGAUGCUGAAGCGAAGGGCCUCGUUGCGUUGUUUGAUGAAGUUCUUAGUCAAGCAGAUCCAAAAGAUGACCUGGUCCAAUUGGUUGACCCUAGGUUGGGGGAUAACUACCCUCUGGAUUCAGUGUAUAAGAUGGCUCAACUAGCUAAGGCUUGCACACAUGAGGAUCCUCGACUAAGGCCAAGCAUGAGAAAUGUUGUGGUUGCAUUGAUGACUCUUUCAUCAUCAUCUAUGGAAGAUUGGGACCCUGGCUCCAUCUAUGUAGACCAGACUUUUAGCCUCAUGAUGCGGGCCGACAACUCGAACAUGUGACUCGUUUAUGAAUCGGUGGGAAUGCGGAAGAAGAGUGAAAAAACAGUCCAUAACUCAAUCAAAUAUUUAUCCUAAAACGUUUUAAUGAUUUAUGUUUAUUUUAUAUUAUUGGUUUUUAUUAUUUAUCGAAAUUAAGUCUAGAUAUUAGGUUAUGUUGACCGAAAAUAAUAUUUCCGUAAUGAUCGUUUAUUUCAUUUAUGCUUUAUUGGUUACUUUGACGAAUUUAAUGUGUGGGCUAGUAGAUUAACCUAUAAAUAAAGGCUCGGUUGUAAUAUUUAUAAUAACUUUUAAAAUUAUGAUAAAUUUUCUGUCA